GCACGUUACAGCGUGAAGGUGGGCAAGAGCAUCGAGGUCCUCAUCCAACAGGAGAAGAUCUGUUACGAGUAUGCGGCCUCGGACCCGAACAGCGUUACCGCCACCGUCGAGAAGUCCCUCUAG